CGUGCCCGCCGCUUCCGGGGGGAGGGCUCGGGCGUGGCGCCCCGGUAAGUUUGGCGGAGCGGGCGGGGAGCGGCGGCGGCGGGAUGUCCGGCAGCGGGCUCAGCUACAGCGAGCAGGGGGGAGAGGCGGCGUCCGAGCUGGCCCAGGAGGUGGUGCCCACCGCGACCCCUUCGGCUCCCGCGGCCUUCGGGCUCUUCAGCAGCGACACCAAGAAAAAUGAAGACCUAAAACAAAUGUUGGAAAGCAGUAAAGAUUCUGCAAAGCUGGAUGCUAUGAAAAGGAUUGUUGGGAUGAUUGCGAAGGGCAAAAAUGCUUCUGAGCUGUUUCCUGCUGUUGUGAAGAAUGUUGCCAGUAAAAAUAUUGAGAUAAAAAAGCUUGUAUAUGUUUAUCUGAUGCGAUACGCAGAGGAGCAGCAAGAUCUAGCAUUAUUGUCCAUCAGUACUUUCCAGCGUGCUUUAAAAGAUCCUAAUCAGUUAAUCCGCGCAAGUGCUUUAAGAGUUUUAUCCAGUAUCCGUGUCCCAAUUAUUGUUCCUAUUAUGAUGCUUGCUAUUAAGGAAGCAUCUUCUGAUUUAUCCCCUUAUGUGAGGAAGAACGCAGCCCAUGCAAUCCAAAAACUGUACAGUCUUGAUCCAGAGCAAAAGGAAAUGUUAAUUGAAGUGAUAGAAAAGCUUUUGAAGGAUAAAAGUACGCUGGUAGCUGGGAGCGUUGUGAUGGCAUUUGAGGAAGUGUGUCCAGAUAGAAUAGAUCUGAUUCACAAGAACUACCGAAAGCUCUGUAACUUGUUGGUUGACGUGGAAGAGUGGGGUCAAGUUGUUAUAAUCCACAUGUUAACUCGAUACGCACGUACACAGUUUGUAAGCCCAUGGAAGGAUGAUGAGGUCAUGGAAGAAUAUAGUGAAAAUAAUUUCUAUGAAUCUGAUGAAGAACAAAAAGAAAAGGAUCAGAAAGUGAAAAACACCUACACUAUGGACCCAGAUCACAGGCUGCUGUUACGGAAUACGAAGCCCUUGCUUCAAAGCCGAAAUGCUGCUGUGGUAAUGGCAGUUGCACAGCUUUACUGGCAUUUGGCACCAAAAUCUGAAGCUGGCAUUGUUUCUAAGUCAUUGGUGCGUUUACUCCAUAGUAACAGGGAGGUGCAGUAUAUUGUUCUGCAAAAUAUUGCCACUAUGUCAAUUCAAAGAAAGGGCAUGUUUGAGCCUUAUCUGAAGAGUUUCUAUGUUAGGUCAACUGAUCCAACAAUGAUCAAAACAUUGAAGCUUGAAAUCUUGACAAAUUUAGCAAAUGAAGCCAACAUAUCAACUCUGCUUCGAGAAUUUCAGACUUAUGUGAAAAGCCAAGAUAAACAGUUUGCUGCAGCUACAAUUCAGGCUAUAGGCAGAUGUGCAACUAAUAUCACCGAAGUGACUGACACAUGCCUUAACGGCCUCGUGUGUUUGCUGUCAAACAGGGAUGAAAUUGUAGUUGCUGAAAGUGUUGUUGUCAUUAAGAAACUGCUGCAAACCCAGCCAGCACACCAUGGUGAAAUUAUUAAGCAUAUGGCCAAGCUCUUGGAUAACAUUACAGUUCCAGUAGCCAGAGCCAGCAUUCUCUGGCUCAUCGGCGAGUACUGUGAACGGGUUCCAAAGAUCGCACCUGAUGUUUUGAGAAAGACAGCCAAGACCUUUACUAAUGAAGAUGACCUUGUAAAGUUGCAGAUCUUAAAUUUGGGCGCAAAACUCUAUUUAACAAACUCAAAGCAGACAAAAUUGCUUACCCAGUACGUAUUAAAUCUCGGCAAGUAUGAUCAAAGCUACGACAUCAGAGACCGUACAAGAUUUAUUAGGCAGCUUAUUGUUCCGAAUGAGAAGAGUGGAGCUUUAAGCAAAUAUGCCAAAAAAAUAUUUCUGGCACAGAAACCUGCCCCAUUGCUUGAGUCUCCUUUUAAAGAUCGGGAUCAUUUCCAGCUUGGCACCUUGUCUCACACACUGAACAGCCGAGCCACUGGCUACUUGGAGCUGUCCGACUGGCCAAAGGUGGCGCCUGACCCCUCCGUCCGAAAUGUCGACGUAGCCGAGUUGGCAAAGGAAUGGACUGGAAUUCUAGGUAAGACAAAGAAAGAGAAACCUACUGAAAAGUUCUACUCUGAAUCAGAAGAGGAGGAAGAUGAGUCUAGCAGUACCAGUGCGUCAGAGAGCGAUUCUGGCAGUGAAAGUGAGAAGGAAGAUAAGGAGGAAGGCAGCAGUGAUGAGAGUAGUGGGAGUUCCUCUUCCAGUGAAGAAUCAAGUGAUAGUGAAUCAGACAGCAAAGAAAGUACUGCAAAGAAAAUAUCUAGAGCUGCUGCUGAAAGUGAUUCAGAGGACAUUAAAAAGAAAGCAAAGGGGAUCUCCGGAAAGAGAAGCCCAUCAAAUUCCUCUGAUACAGAGUCUGCUUCAUCAGAAGAAAAUUCUUCAGACUCUGAGGCAGAAUCAGACUCUAAAAGUGACUCUGAGUCUGGAAAAUCUAGAAAUGCUACCUCUAGUAAGAAAGAAGAAAAAACACUACAAGAUAGAAAAGCUCCAAAUAAACAAGAUGUGUUUCUCUUAGAUUUAGAUGAUUUCUGUCCUGUGACAACUCCAGUGGCAGUUCCUACAGCAGCUGUUUUGUCCCCAAGUUUAACAGCAGACCUAGAGGGAUUAAGUCUGUCGAGUUCCUCAGUCAUUGAUCUCAAAAAGCAGACAAUGUUUUCCUGGCUCUGGGUUAGCUUAAGAAUGAUUCUGGUGUCUUUGCUUUACUUCAGAAUUAUCAUCUUUGAGGCGCCGCCCAAAAUUCAGCUAUGCAGCUGAUUAGGUGUGACUGAUGCUUGUGGGAAGGCGGCGUGGUCCAGUGGAUACAGAACUGGGUGUUACAUAUGGAAAAUGAAUUCUAUUUUUGGCUUACUACUGGCUGUGUGAUCUGGAGGAAGUAACUUAAUCUUUUAGUUUUCCGUCUGAAAAAUGAGGAUAAUGAUGCUUACUCACCUUGGGAAAGCACUUGGAGAUCUACAAAUGAAUGUAGCUGCUCAUCAGCAGGUAUUAACCAUUGCCAAGACAGAAGAAGGAAUGAAACAAAGACCUCCUGCAUACUUAGUUUUAUUUUUCUGUGUUUAUAUAAAUUUGCUGUGUAAGAGGGUUUUCUUAAAUUGGUAACAUAGUAUAUGUGUUACAUCAAAUAUUUGAAAGUGUUAAUGUCCUUUCAGAAAUUGCUUCCACAUACUUUUAAAAAUGAUAGCUUGAAAAAAAAAGAAUCCCUGCUAUGACACUAUUUUUUAAAGUGUCAUUUCACCUUUAGUCUUUAAUUAGAAAUCCAUUUAUCAAUAUUUGUGAUGUUUAUUAGUGUUCAAGCCUUAAAAAUACCCAUCUUAUGUUUAUUAAAUGCAUUAAUACUUAACAAGCUCUACACUUAAGAAUUACAAAACUUCAACUUCUUUUAAAUAAAUCAGAUAAUUUAAUUUGGAAGUUCAAACAUGAUCUUUCUUCUGAGUCAGAAACAAGUUUCUAAUACAAGACACUGCCCCAAAUAAUAGUAUGACCAGUCUGAGAGGUAUAUUAUAUUAUUACUAUAUAUAAUCUCAUUGAUUUAGUCGAUUACUGUGUGGUUUAGUACUAGAUAUUCUCCCGAUUAUGUCUUUUAUUUAUGCUUUUAUAUAUAAUGUAUAAAUUACACAUAUGUUAUAAAUUAUAUACAAUGUGUAAUAAUGAUAAAGAUAAUAUAUACUUAGCAACUUGUGUAUUAAUUAAAUUGUAUUCUGAGUAACCAGGUCUUUGAUUAACAGUAACACUCCUGAUUCAAUGCUGGUUUGCUGUUUUGUUAUCUUGGAGUGAAAAACAUUAAACCAAUAUUCAAAUGUUGCAUUUAAAAAUAAAAGUGCUAAAAUUGCAAAGUAAACUGCAACUACAAUAUUAAAAUCCUAUUUAUAAAAUAGAAAUUAAAUUGCGGGGGCAGGGAGUAUUAUUGCAAAAACGAAACUCCUUUAGAUAAGUUACUGUCAGGAGACCCUUGAUCUUUUUUUUGCCUUCCGUUAAAAGUCAGUACUGUCCAUAAAACUAAUCCAACUUUUUUGAGAAUGAAAUGCUUAGAUCUAUGAGAGAAUUUAAAGUAAUGCUGCUUUUUCAUUCCAACAUGAAAAAUACAUAUAUUAUGCUCCUUAAAAUAGGACUGCUGUAAACAGAGUUGGUGCUAGGUGUUUAAAAACAAGCAUGUGUAAUGCAUGAUGAUGAUUCCAUAAGUUAUUCUUUAAAUAUGUAGUGUGGUAAUGUAUGUAAAACAGAGUGUGGCUGUAUGUGUGUUAUGCUAUGUAACUCAGACAGAAGAGAGAGGUAACCUAAGCUGUAUUUUUGUUUUAUUUUGUCAAUAAAACCUACCUCUUAAAAAUUUCAACCACAUCUUUCUAAGGUAACAUUUACCUCCUCACAUCUUUAGCAUCUAUCAGACAUGACAUGGGACAUAUUCAUUGACCCUAAAAAUUUUCAUCAGUCUCAUGCACUGGAAGGGGGCAGCCCCAGCCAGACAAGAGGCUCAUUUCAAUUUUAACGGCUGUAAUUAAAGGUUAAUUCUCUGAGUCAGGAUUAACGAGGAAAGUACAAAUGAUAGGCAAGCAGCUGCCUUUAUAAUACAGGAUUAGAACAAUGCAAUUACAAUAAGAAUUAGAAAAAAUCAACUUCCUGAAAAGGUUCUGUAAUGAAUGAACUGCAUUUCUCUGUUCUUAAUUGUGGUACUUAAAAAUGAAGACUCUGUGCAGCACAGUUUGGGUUUUUUUGUUGUAAUAACACUUGAUCAACAGUGUGUCUAAUAAGAUGGUAUGCCAACUACAAUGACAGCAACUGUUAUAUUGAUAAAUUUAAUACUGUGCUGUACUGAAAACGUUCAGGCUUACUUUUAUAUUAUAAUUAUAUAUGCUAGCCACAUAGAUGACUGCUUUGAACUUUGUCAUUACGGAUCUAUUUCUGUUACUCUUUUGCAGUUGCUUAUUUUAGCCAGUUUCUUUAAACAACCUUAAAAUAAUA